AUGACGCCCACCGAUACCAUCACGGCAGUUGACAAGGAGUGUUCCCUGCUUGGACUUCCAGCAGAGCUUCGAAACCGCAUCUACGAGAUGGUGCUUCAGGAGGAACAACAGAUCCACGUCACUAAGCAGGGCUACAGUCGCAGCCCUUUCUUGUCUGUGUGCCGCCAAAUCCGCAGCGAAGCGCUCAAGAUCUUCUACUACGGUAACAAGUUCAUCUUCCGUGCGCCGGGCUAUGACAGUGAUGUGAUCUACACCUUCGUCUGCAUACUGGAGCAAAUGGAGAUUUCGCGCCGGAAGACCACUUUUUCGAUCCGUCAAUCAUACAAGACUGCAAAUUGGCCGAAAUUGUUGAAGUGGCUACAUCGGAAACAUCUGUGCGAGGCUAUGGUGGGUCUCAAAGUGCCUUCCUCGCUCAAAAAGCGCGGAACAAUGGGCGCCGAGCCAUACGUGAUUGGUGGCAUGUUCAACAUAGUCAAGGAGAUGAAGGAUCAACCAUGGUUGAUGGCUAUGCCGAUCCUGCUGCAACAGCGGGUGGUGCUGGAGCAACUGAACAAGGAUUGGGGAAAAGAUUGA